AUGCUGCGUCGCGCUGGGGCCCCGUUUGGUGGAAGAGUUCCCAAGAGAAAGACGCCGAACCGGAUAUUUUCUGCUGGGCGGCGUGGAGCGGCAUCGCCUCCAUCGGUGCGCCUCUUGGGGCGCGCAGGUGCGGCGUUAAGCUCCCUCGCGUGCGCUCUAUUCAGUCGGCGGGUGCACACAGGAGUGGGGCCUGCGGAGGCGCCUGACACCGCGGACGAGGACGAGGUGACGUUGCAGGAUUACGAGGAGCUGCUGCUUCAUUCUGCGGCCUCGGAAACACCUGAGAGCGGGGGUCGCGGCGACGCCGCGCAGGAAGCUGCGGUGCCCCGCCACCCUAACCAACCCCCUGUUUCUGCAACAAUGCGGCUCGUGGGCGACAUCCUGGAACUGCUCCCUGCCGAUGGCGCAGGAAUCCGCCUCACCACAAUCACGCCUCUCCUAGACGUGGAGGCCAUAAGUGAGCUCUUUGGCUCCGUCCUUGCUUUUGUGCAGCUGUUUCCUCAUCGCUUUCAUGCUUACCAGGGGGAGGAGGCCGACGGAGUUCGCCGCUGGUUUGUGAGUCGUGCGCAGUCCACGGGAAUCUCGCCGCCCUCCAUGGCGGCGGACGGGGUAACACCCGCGGGGGAGGGUGGGGGUGGAGGUGCUAGUAACGUUGCUCAGACACAAUUGCGAGUGCGGCUUCACGGCGUGGAUGCAAAAGUCGAUGAUACGAAAUUGAAUUUGGUUCUUCAACGGCUGAAAGAUGUGCUGCCUAGAAACAGACCGACUCCGACAAACGGACUGCUGCAAACCUUACCAAUGGAGCUUCAAGACUCUAUUCGAGAUGUGGGAGGUGGGCUACUACGCCUAUUGAAGAAUGCGGUGGCUGAGGCGUAUGUAGACCUUAGCGAGGACACAUCUUUUGUGUCCGUAAAAGGGGUUCUUUCCUCUCAAGGAAUACCAACAUUUCAUGGCUUGUCAAAAAGGGCAGCUCCUCUUCGAAACGCCGCACCAGUGAUGCCGCUGGAAGACUACGCAGAUGACGCAUGGGACGUUGAACUUGACCUGGACGAAGAUGAUGCCGUCACUCCUGGCGACGACCGUGUCGAUGAUGCCGAGCCGGACGAUGAGUUUCUUCGCGGUGGUGGCUCCGCCACCGCGGUUGUUCCCAGUGCCGCGCAGAAGCAGCAGCAGAGGAACUUGUCUAUACCACCUGCCCCUCCAAAGCCGCCUGUAAGAUUGGAAAAACCCCGGACGCCCCCGCCAUUGCCUUCGAGACGCAAAGAAGCUACCUCAUCAAGAGGGCGGAUGUCGCCCGAAGAACUUCUUACAGCGCACACAACAAUGGCCGUGUUGCGCGGGCGACGAUCACCCAGCGAGAUGUUGGACUUAUUUGUUGAGUGCGUUCCCACCAUUUACGUUCCUGUACAUCAGAUAAAAGUGACGGAUGCUCUGGCAAGGGUCCUCGGACCAAGGAAUACAAUUCACAAGGUUAUUAAAAUCUACUCCUACUACUUUGAUCGAAAUAAGGAGUCCGACACUGUGCGUUUAAAGUCAACGCUUCAGCAUGCACGUCUGGGAGCCGCCAAUGCUCUUUACGAGGCUGGGUCCAGUGGGGCAUCAUCCUCUACUAGCCUUCCGCAGCGUAAACUACAAGAAACCAGCGUCACUCAUGCAUUCCCCAUUCUGAAUACACCUAUUCGCACAAAAGCGGUCUCUUCUACCAUACAACGGAAGGGGGGGCCUUUUGUGAAUUCUGCAUCGGAUACUGUAGCUCCAGUUGACUGUCCGAUGUCGGAGUGGUGUGCGCUGCUUGAGGCGCUUCCAUACGAACGUUACAUAGGCGUCACAGAGUGGGCACGCCUCGCCGGCGUUGCGGAAUCCACUGUCAAAUUAUUCACUGAAAAAAAAAACAAUGAACACUACUUUCUGACAUGUAACACACCUGAGAAGGGAGAUGAGACGCUUUUAUGGCGGCUUCGUCCGUACUGGCUAGCGCCUGGAUGCACAGGAGAGCUGGGAUCUGAGGACGCUUUUGAGGCUGUUGCGAUUGAGAAACAUCUUAAGCCUAUUUGGAUUUCCGUCGACCGAUUGCUUCAAAAAUUGUCAGCCCCAGAAAAAGACAAUGUUCUGGCUGUUUCCCAUGGAAGCGGGGGCGUUGGGCCGUGGCUUCGCAAAUUUGGUCGGAUGUGCUGGGUUGAUAAGGAGGGGACAAAGAUGCGGAAGUACUGCGCCACCGCCGACCUCGAUGAUAUCCUCCAUGUGGUGGUGCAAUACUUGCAGGGCACGUUACCCACCACCUUUGUCAACUUGGAGGAGAAAAUUCUGCACGAUACCGUCUCCUCUGCGCAGACAGGCAGUGGAAGAAUAAUGCACCGGAAAGAAGGCAUUCGGUGCCUCAUUGACCACGGUCUGAAGAUAGCGCGUCAGCAGGCACUUUCCUCGCAGCCUUAUGCUGGUCAAUGCAGUCAUGAAAAACGCGCCAAACAGGAGAACCUUUAUCUGCUAUUGAAGCGGCAUCCCCAGCAGGUGAACGCCAAAUACGAAGAGGGAAUCCUAUGGGCUGCAAAACAUUCCUUCUUUGGGAGACAUGCCGAAAAAUAA